UGAGCUGGGACCAUGCAGCUGCUGACAUUUGCUGUGGGGCUGGGUCUGCUGUUUGUGGUUCCAGCCAUGAUGCCUCCUCUGACUCCUGCUCGUGCUGAGCAGAUUUUAGGAAAAUGGUACAUAAGGAAUUGGGCAGGAAACAUGCCUAUUCCUUCGUGGAAGUGGAGUGAUCCGCUGCCUCCUUUCGCAUUUGCAAGAAGCAGUUUUGGUGAUCUGGAGUUCAGGAUGAACCUCACGAAACCCAUUGGCUGCAUUCCGUUCAAGCUGGCCCUGUAUGAGGGAGAGGACCUUGGCACAUUCCUUACUUGGUGGAGGCACCUCAUCUACAUCCACUUCCUGCCUGGGAAGAACUUCGCCAUUGCCUACUUCAGGGGCAAAAUGAACUAUUGGUAUUUCCAGAUCAUGAUGCUCAUGGGCCGCACCCUGGAAGCAGACCUAGAUGCUGUGAGGAUCUUCAAGGAAUUCGUGGGGAGUAAACUUCCAAAGACAGGAGAGAUCAUUACCCCUCCCCAUGUCGAAGCUUGUGAGUUGGUCCAAGAUUCCUAG